AUGAUGUCAGCGAUAGACCCUGACUGUGGUGUCAACGCAAUCGUCAACUACACCUUGGCAGACAAUUUUGGACGUCCUCAAUUCUCCAUCAAGCCAGAUUCUGGAGAGCUAUGCAUCUCCUCUUCAUUAGACCACGAGACUUAUAGUGAAUUCGAGUUUCCUGUCAUUGCUACUGAUAGAGGGGGCCUGUCCACGACCGCCAUGGUGAAGAUCCAACUGCUUGAUAUAAAUGACAACGUACCUGCCUUCACUGUUAAGGACUACAAGGUAUCUUUGAAGGAGGGACGGAUUUCAUCGACCGAACCUAUAGUAUCCGUGUCGGCUACCGAUGCUGAUUCUGGAAAAUUCGGCACGGUGACCUACAGAAUUGUGAACGGGAAUGAUAAUGAUAUAUUCAGAAUCGAUAGAAGCACUGGAGAAAUAUUGGUCACGAAGCCAUCGCUUGUGCAGGCGAAGUCGAAAUUUGAUCUCGAGAUAUCAGCAACUGAUGGGGGAGGAAUGUCUGCACCAGAAGGAGCUACUGUACAUGUUACCGUGAUGCCUGCUGGAAUUGGAUCUGCACUCUUCGAUAAACCAAGAUAUAACUUUAGAGUCAGAGAGGACGUGAGAAUUGGGACAGUCGUGGGCAGUCUAAAAGCUGCAGCGGUUAACAGAGGUAAGUUUGCUUUCUUCGAAUAUGUACACGUAAGAAAAGAUAAUAAAAAAAAUCAACUAUUAACUCACAGAUUGGAAUGUUCAUCUGUUAAAGACAAACAGUCGUAG